GCCGUUUCCAGGAUUUCGCCAUUUGGGGAAAACGCCCUUUCUCUCUCUCACACGUCUCUUUAUCUUCUCUCCCCCCCCCCCGCUAAAUAUAGCAAUCCCCUUUUCCUAAUUUUACCAGAGCAGUGAGUAAUAGGGCUUGGCUUGGGAGAGAUUGAAAACAGAGAUUGAAGAAGAAGCCUUUUUCUGCUGUUGCUUGUGGGGGGUUUUUGAAGAAUUGGGCGUUUUGGGCGAAGGCGAAAAAUGGGUCGCGGGAAGAUUGAGAUCAAGAGGAUUGAGAAUGCGAACAGCAGGCAUGUCACAUUCUCCAAGCGGCGAGCUGGGUUGCUCAAGAAGGCUCAGGAGCUCGCCAUUCUCUGCGAUGCUGAAGUUGCCGUCAUUGUUUUCUCCAACACCGGGAGGCUCUUCGAGUUUUCGAGUUCUGGUAUGAAGCGAACGCUUUCAAGAUACAACAGGUGCUUGGAUUCUCCAAACAUUUCUAUAGUAGAAAAUAAGGCAGAGAAACAAGGUGCGAAGGAUGCAGAAGACUUGAAAGACGAAAUCUCAAGGCUGCAAGCAAAGCAAAUGCAGCUGUUGGGUAAAGAUCUGAUGGGUUUGAGCUUAAAAGAGUUGCAGCACUUGGAGCAGCAAUUAAAUGAAGGGUUAUUAUCCGUGAAGGAAAAGAAGGAGCAAUUACUGAUGGAACAGCUUGAGCAAUCAAGAAGACAGGAACAACGGGCCGUGCUUGAGAAUGAGACUCUACGAAGACAGGUUGAGGAGCUUCGAGGUUUCUUCCCAAUGGCUGAACAAUCAGUGCCAGCUUAUCUUGAAUACUAUCCUGCACAAAGAAAAAAUCCUCUCGUGAAACAUGAUGCGGUAAUUUCCGAUGUGGUUGGCAAUGGCAUUAUGGAUAAAGGAGAUUCAGACACUACGCUGUACUUAGGGUACUGUUCUUUUCUUUUAAAUAAUUGCAAAUUCUGCUGGCCAUUAUUUGUUCAUAAUGAUUUGGUUGAUUUUAAGGGAUUAGAUUGCUCAUUGAGUCAUAUUCCUGGAUUUGGAUAAUAUGAUUGCAGUUGGUCACAUUCUCGUGGACUCAUAAUCAAAAUUUUUUAUUUCUCAGUUGCAUUGCCUUGUACUCUUACUUGAAAGUUGACAGAAGAAGGAUCUCAGAAAUCAUACGAUGUUUGCAUAUUCUUUGUUUUAGUUGAAAUUUUGCUGCGUUGGUUUGCUUCUGUGUUUAAUCUCAAAACAAAAUCCUAUCCCAAUUAUUGCAGUUAGGCAUACAUUCUCUGCCUUGCCAAUUUGAUUAUUUGGCACCCUAUUUUUGUUGCUUUCAGGGGACAUAGCAUAAGAGUUUAAUUUUUUUAUUUAUUUUUACCCUCACUUCAGGUUUGCAAUCAACAUAUUUUAAUCUCUACUUAAGCAUGGCACUGGCUGAGAUUUUUUCUUAAUUUUUUUUCCUUGUUUGAUCUGUCUAGUUAUUUUUCUUGCUGAAUUUACUACUACCAUAAUGAUCAAUUUUUUUGGUCGGAUAUUUUCUAAAGAAAUGCUCUACUGUCAGUUUGUCCCUUUGUAAAAUAGGUAUAAUUAAUGGUUAACUACCUUGUUGAAUCUCAUAUUGUCUUGCAUGUCAUGCAGGCUUCCUUCCGAUGUUUCUCGCAAGAGAAAGGAAUCUGAGAGGGAAAGCUGCUCCAACAACUCCUCGGGGAGUCAAAUCGCCCUUCUGUGAUCCUUCUCUUCUUGAUGUUUGUACUUGCAUUAGGAAUGAAUGAACUAGAAUAGUUUUCGAAAUAGCCAAUCCAUGUUUAGAAGCUUUUGUUAUAGCAUAAUUUUGUCCACCAAGUGAGAAUCAUCAAAAUGGAGAAAGUUAUUUCUUUUUGCAGGUUGUUGGAGAAAAUAAGCUUAGGUUUUGUCA